GAUGGCGAUGAUUUGUAUACAUACCGGUUGUAGAGAGAAGUAAAUGGUGAACUAAAUUACUAAUAGAUUUACUGUCAGGUAGUACAGAAACUCUUCCAUUCCAUGCAUGCACUUUUUAUGAAAGACAUUCCAUGGCAACUCCAAAUUCUAAGUCAGAUGACAUGAUGGAAGAGGAAGAUGCCCGUGGCCACUCUGGGGAAGAAGAGGAGGAAGAAGGUGAGGGUGGUGUUGAUUCAUUAGAAGAGAUGCAGAAGAGAAGAAGUAUACAGAGUGGCCGUGGAGUUACGCUUUCUAUGCUUAUGAGUGAUGGAAUCUUAGAAGCUGGAGAAGGAUUCUUGACUAUAGACUAUUUAGGUGCUAAAUUUGUUGGAGAUUUGCUGCCUGGUGGUAAAAUUCGUGCCCAAGAAACACAAAAAAUAUUUUCUUCGCCAAGUUCUUGGGCAAUACAUUGCAAAAAACUCUUAAACCCUGAUAAAAAGUCUGGCUGUGGAUGGUCAUCAAUGCGGUACAAAGGCAAGAAGUUAGAUACUUAUAAGAACCUGUGGUUCCGCAAACAUAAACAACAGGAGCAAGAAAAUAAUGCUUUAUCAUCUCCCAGCACUAGCGGUCUAAGUGGUAAAGGUUUAUCACAUGGAGAUCAUGGGGAAGAUGAUAAAAAAAGCACAACUGCAAAGAAAUGGGAUAUAGACAAAAUGCAGAAUCUUGUUCCAAGGCCUCGUCCUACACCACAGAAGCGAAUCAUUGUCCCUCAUACCGUUCUUGGAAAUCGCUCAUUUGCUCAUGAUCUGAAUACUCUUGUAAAGUGUACUCCUUUUAGUGGAUUAGAUCGAAUACAGCCCUUCACUGUCACCAUCGCCACAAAUUGUUUGCUGCUUGUAGAUUUUCAUUGUCAUAUAAUAAAAAAUGAAGUUGUUGGUUACCUGGGCGGUAAUUGGGACAUAGCUUCGCAUAAUUUAGCUGUUUUACAAGCUUUUCCUUGUAGAUCUGGUCUUGGAGAUAAAGACAGUGCUGCUCGUGUUGAAGAUGAAAUCCGGCGCUCAUUAGAUAGGCGGCAUCUGUCAGUUGUCGGUUGGUAUCACAGUCAUCCUACAUUUCCGGCUCAGCCUACAAUUAAAGAUGUAGAUAGCCAAAUGGAGUAUCAAAUCACAAUGAAGGGUGACAGUGAUUCCUCCUAUACUCCUUGCCUUGGACUUAUCUGCUCUCCAUAUGAUACGCAGAGACCUUCUAUGGAAGCUGAUUAUCUUGCAUACUGGGUUAUGCCACCACCAGAACACAGGCCUCAUGAAUAUGGCAGACCAAUGCAGAUGAUUUACAGCAUAGCUCAUGAUUCAUUUCUUACCCAGGAUUUGUUAAUGGAAAUGCGUCUCAUUUCAGAGUACUAUCGCUCAACAGGUGAGGCUAUAGAUUUCAAUGCAGAUCUUGCUGGUAGUGGAUCAUACUGGGAAAAAUUACAAACAUCUCUCAGAACAAAACUUCCAAGAGACCUUAUGGUGACUGGAGCUCAGUCAACAGCACAAGCCCAAGCAGUGACACAUUUCUGGGACUUUCUCAAAGGUCUCAUAAUGACAUAGCAUAUUGGUUCUUAGAAAAAUAUUCCAUAAAAUUAUCUCUUAUCACUUUUAAUGUUCUGUAAAUGAGACAAACGUCUACUUCUUUCUACAACUGUGGUAUGAUGAAAUACUUUCUUCUGUGUUUUGUUCCUUGACUUUCACUUUUUUUAAGUGUCUGCAAUGAAGAUUGUGAUUCAUUUUUAAAAAAUUGAUGGUGGCGAAAAUAGCCAUUGAAAUAUUUUGUGGCAAUAUAAGUGAUAUAAGCUAUCCUAUUUUAGCCACCUCAAUAUUAUUCUGUGAUCAUAUUUAUUUAUCAAGUCACUACCAUGUAACUUUCCUACUAUUCAUUGACAUAUUAAUUUGGACCAUAUUUUAAAGAGACAUUUAAUUUCUAUUUUUAUAGAGUGUAUAUUAUAUUUAAUUUUUAUAUGUAGGAUAAUCAGCAUAUAAUUUUUUUAUAAAAUUAGUUCAUAUGUUAUGUAAGAGAAGAGUUCCUCCCUAUUUUGGCAUAAACAUAAGAUACUUUGUUUGCAAAGAAAAGAACCAUUAAAAUAAUAAUAAAAAAAAUAUAUGUAUCUCAUGAUAAACCUUACAUUCCAAUAAUUAUUUAUAUACUUGAUUAUUUUAUUGUUAUCCUUUACAAAAAUACAUAGAAUGUAAAUAUGGAAAUGUAUUAUCUGUUAUUGUUUCAUGGUGUUUUAGAACAAGGGUUUAUGAACAGUGAUCUCUCUCAUUCUAUCUGUGAGGUAACUGACUUCAUUCAAAGGGGCAUUUUUCAAAGUGUUUGUUAGAUUUCUUAAUUUAUAUGAUUUUUCUGGCAAACUGUCAUCAAACUUUAAUAUAAUCAUUAAUAAAAUGAACAAAAAUUCAUUUUUUAUCCAAAAAAACUUAAAAUUUUAGGACAAAAUUAACGAAGACAAUAAUCAUCACUGGCAAGAAAAUAUUAAAGAUAAAAAAUUGUUUUUAAAAAAAUCAAAUGGUACACAAAACUCAAGAGAUCAGUUGCUGGAUGUAAGUAAAACAAGUAAGUUUGAUAAGUUGUUGCCAAACAAAAAUGAGAAAAUAUAAAAUGAAAAAUUUGUCACUUUCUCCAAAAAUACUGAAAUGCUUAAAAUUAUUUUGUUCAAAAAUAACAUAGGAAAAAGUAAAAACUGGACCUCUCGUUUGCCAUUUAAAUUUCGACUUCCACGUGGCAGACAAGUUGCUUCUCGUUUGUCAUCUCUUCGAACAAAUCAUAUAUCUCCACUCCUAAUCGGCAUAUUAAAAAAAGAAAAUUUGGUUUUCAUAGCUAAGAAUAUGGUCUUUAAAAAAUAUUAAAUAAAUAUAUAAAAAGGAGUUUCUCAACUAAAAUUGGCCUUCUGAACGAGAUCAGUUACCUCAAAAAAAAAUUCUUUUAUUGCAAUUUUCACAAGAGAGUAAAUAAAUGAAUCUUUGUGUAUAUAAAUUUCAUUAUUUGAAAUUAGGCAGCUAUUGUGCUUAUCUCAACAGUAGAGUGUAUUUGGCAUAAUGCAUUCCAGAGUUAUAUAAUAAUGAAAAUUAUACCCUUAGAUUGUACUAUUACCAGAUAAUUUAAUACUUAACUGCAACAUUAGUCAAAUUGUCAGUAAACUUUUCACUUUUGUCUUCCAAAUUAUUUUAUCCAUAGUUGCUUGUUUUUAAAACCGUUAGACAAUGCAUAAUACUUCAAAGCAAAAAACACUUUAUGAUUAUACCUGUAACUGUCACAGUGGUCAGUUUGGCCCCCCCCCACCACCACAUUUUGAUUAAAAAUCUAUGCCAAACUAAAAUUGCUUUUUUAGUACAGUACAAAGUUCAAGAUCCGGAUUUUGGUGAUUCUGGACUUUGGAAAUUUCCGUAUUUUAGAUCAUCAGUAUAAAUCUAUUAAGAUGGCAUGUAGAAAUUACAAAAUUAAAAAUAUGAAAUAGUUGUUCGCAUUUAUGACUUUAAAGGAAUCAAAACUUUAAAAAAAAAAAAAAAAAAAAAAAUUAAAUCAUUAAUGUUUGCUUCUUUUAUUAAACAUUACUUUCAAUGUAAGUUGUUUAAGCUGUUUUGUUUAAUACUUUCUGUUUAAUUUUAUAGAUGGACAUAAUUUUUAUUCAGUUAAAAGUUCCAUUGUUCAAAUCCUGUAAAUACCAGAUCAAAAAUUUCCACAAAACUGUGAGUUGGAAUUUUUUCAUUCCCAAAAAUUUCUUUGUUACAAUCACUUCUCCACAUUUGUUCGUAGUUCUAUUAAUUUGAAAAUUUCACAAUCUGUAGCAUCCAAAAUCUAUGGUAAAAUAAGGUUGCUGUUUUCUCCAAUUGUGAAAUCACAAUCCCAGAUAGCACCAAUGCCAUAUUUUUAUGCUAAGACUGCUAUGGAAAGCAAGUACCAAAUAUAUUUUCACUUUGCAGAUCUUGCUACUCUCCAUAAAUACUAAAAUCUACAUGGACAUUUUGAAGUCUUUUUGACAUAAUCAAAAAUUCAAACUUCAAUUUUGAUAGUGUAGUUGUAAUAAUAAUUAAUAGUCUGCAAAUAAGCUAGAUCAAAUUAGCUAAGGAAGAGCACAAUUUGUUAUGUUAACUGAAUCUAAUUUGUUCUCUCUUCUGGCUGUUAUUUCAACAAAACAAAAACAAAACAAAAAACAUUCGCUACAUCCCCACUCUAAAUAAAUAUGUCUUGGAGCAUAUUCUUUAAGUAAGAUUUUUAAAAUAUUAAUGUUCACAAACACACAAAGACUGAAAGUGUGGUCCCAGCUCUAACAUUAAUCAAUGCAUUGUCAGUGGCCAAAAUGUGAUUCCCUAGCCAGCAAGUGUUUGAAGGUGACAUAGUAGGGAGAAAAAUGAAAUAAUGUCUUUUACAACACACCUGCCUUUUCUUUAAUUAGGAGAAGUAUUAUAUUUUCAUUCCUAAAUUUUGUUUAAAAAAAAAAAUGCUAGUUGUCUAAAAAAGUGCAGAUAUUGAAUCUGCAUUUCAAACUUUGUACUGUAUACUAAAGUUUUAUAAAAACUUUUUAUUUUAACUUUUAUACUUAAAUUAGUCUACAAUUUUUUUAGAAUGGCCAGUAUGAUAAUUAUUACAUUUAUAAAUAUGUGCAGUCCUAAUGUUAAAUGCACUGAUCAUCACAUAAAUUGACAUUCAAAACAAAAGGCAUAUAAUAUAUCUGUAUUUUACGAAUAUCGACAUCUAAUAAAAUUGUAUAAUGACUGCAAUACAUUUAUUCUACUAAAAUUUCACUUUCAGCAGCUGGCAGGCAAAAAUUAUGUAAUCACUGAUGUAAACUAAUAUGCGUUAUUCAAAAAGGAAAGCAAUUCAUGAUGUCAAAUACUGAAUUUUAAAUUUAUUUUACAGAAAUGUAGCUGAAAAAUAUUGUAACCAUUUGGUUUAUGGUUUACUGAAUGAAAGAAAUUUAAUAUCAUGAUAGUUACUGGUCAGUGGUUCACUAUUACUUGUUUUUUGUACAUUGGUUACAAAAAAAAAUUUGUAUGUUAUUUCCAUAUUGGUUUACAAAUUAAAAUUAUAACAAAUGUAUUUUAAAAAGAUGAUUUAUCCUAUCAAAAGUAGGAUUUGUUGUGCAUUGAUUAAUUAGUUUCAUAAAUGUUGAAAUGCAGUAAAUAUUGCUUUAUUAAAUUUGCAUAUUAUUUCAUCAACAAACAACAACUGAAAAUUCUCUGCAUCUAGAUUCAUUUUCUGCACCCUUGUUCUAGAACUUAUAUUUAUGUCAAUGGUAAUGUAAAUAUUUUUUUAACAUGUGUUCUGUAUAAAACAUAAAAAUGGGAAAUUUUAGCUGACUACAUUAAUCACAUUUUAAAUUAAUAGUGCUAUAUUUAAGUUGGAACUAAAUAGCAUAUUUAUUUGACACUUUUUGCAGUUACAGAUCAUAUAACUGCAGAAAAAAGUUGACUAAAGAUUCCCGAUUUUAGGAAUUUUUUAUGAAUAACUGGGUGAGUGGUUAGCACAUUUUUAACAGUAGUGAAGAGAUAUUUGCUGCAUAAAUUUAUGUAAUAAGGUAGACCUAAAGCUACCCUUUUAUAUAUAUGCUUCACUCUGCUUAUUGAUGAUAUGCAAUAAAUUAACAGUAUGUCACAAAAACAACCAUUAACUACAGUCUAGAUAAAUCCCUGUCUGCUACAUGCCAUUUGUUAAAGCCAUAACAUGAGGGGAAAUAAAUGCAAUUUUCCCCAGAAAACUGUGGAAUAAGCCAACAAAAAGUCCAUUACUUCUUCUUUAGGAUCAUAAUAGUGGCCAAACUCGUGAUCCCUGUGGAUGGUCACUUUUAAGUAGACACAUUCAUUAUAACUGGCCAUGCAACUUCUAGGAUAAGCCAGAAGUUAACACAGUAUGUAGGCCAAAAUCAACAACAGCAUUCUGUGCCUGAGCUAGAAAUGAAACAGUUAUGUCAGUUAAUUUCUUAAUUAGGGAGUUUAUUUUUUAUUUAUUGUUAAAUAAAUGUAAUGUAUAUACAUACUAAUUAAAAAUAAGGCUUAAAUAAGGUUAUCUUUAACAUUGCUCAAAAUGUACAUUUAAGUUACAAGUGUAGAAAUUAAGAAGAAUUUCUAAGUUUGUUAAUUAUCUCUUAAUUAAAGUUCUGAUGAAACCUCUACGAUUUAGAUUUCUUGCACAACAUAGUCGAUCACUUUCCAUAUUGAUCACUUUGAUUUUAUUUUUAAAAUUAUCCAUUUUCAAGAAGUCUCAGAUAAUCAUCCUAGGUGUAAGAGUAAAUGACAUGAUAUCAAAUGGGGUAUAUGUUGUGUUUAAAUUUUUUCUUUCAUAAAAAAGGGAUUAUUCAUUCCAUCAUUUAACCCAAGCCUGCCCAUAUAAUUACUUAGUUGAAAAUUAAACAUUUCUCUUAGUGUAAGUUGUUUUAGUUGCUUCAUUUUUUGUGCUAAUAUUUUAAUUCUAUGGAUAGACAUAAUUUCUUAUUCUGUUCAAAGUUCCAUUGUUCAAGUCCUAUAACUGCUGUGUCAAAAUCCACUAAAUUGCCUAUCAAAAAAUUUUUGCUCAAGUUUUUUGUCACUUUCUUUACUGUUGAUAUCCACAUUUUCUGGAUUUAGAACUAUACUACAGAUUUUUUCGUCCACUGGUCCAUUGUCCUCACAAAUUCCAUUAAUUGGAAAAUUUCACUUUUUACUCUCUCUAAAAAAGACCUUCAAAUUUGUGGUUUGCAUUAUAAAGCUUAGCUAGUGAGCUAGCUUAGUUAGCAAAUAAAGUGUCUGCCAUAUACUAUUGGCGACAUAUCAUGAGAUUCGUAACUAUAGAUAUGUGGUUCCAGUAAAUUUUAUCUUGCUUCUAUUGCAGGCGGAGGAAGUCAAGUCUUAAUUAUAUUAAUUCAGUUAGUUAUUAUACUUACAUCUAUUUCUAACAUAUGUUUAAAGCUUACCAGAGCAGUUGGCUAAAGCCUAUAAUCAUGGCCAAGCAUGUCGUCUUCAGAAAAGGUUACUGUGCUGUUUGAUGGUGUUCUGUUACUCAUAUUUUAAGGAAAAAUCGUUUCAGUAAUCCAUGCAUGAAUCAUUUCUCAAGUUGCCGCGAGUUCAUAGUCACAUGAUGAUGAAAGCAAAAAAAUGACUCACUAGGUUUAGGGUUUAAGUUAUUCAGAAGUGUAAAAUCAGUGAUGAACUCUGGUUGAGUGUAUUGCUUUGAGAUGUAGAUCAAGUAGAAAGGCCCUUACAGAGCCCAGUAAUUCCUUCUCCAUCCCCCCCCUUUUUUUUUUUUUUUUUUUUUUUUUUUAAGUGCUAGUGGUUAGUGGUCUGGAUAUUGGACUUAUUUUUACUAUAUUAAAAUUUUCAAGUCAGAAAUUUAGAAAUAAUUAUUAACAAGUAAAUUUUACUUCAUUAUUUUUCAUAUGAAUGAUUAUGAUAAUGUGCAGGUGUCAUGUAAAUAAUUAUAUUCAUGCAAAUAGCUUAAUUUGUUGUUCUGCAUUCUUACAAGGAUUAUUAUAAUGAUUCAUAGUUAGUCACGGAAUGGUUAUUCUGUGGAAACUUGGUGCAUACCCAAAUUCCCAGCAGAUUUCAAGCUUAAUUUUCCUGUGAAUGAAUGUGCUGUUAUGACAAAAUAUUUUAUUACAGCACAUUUUUACUAACAAAAUAAUUAAAAAUAAAGCAGGUUUUACAGUUGUUGACCAAACACAGUGCUUUUUUUAAGCUAAACUUAAUUACUGUAUUUCCUCGUGUAUUCCACCCACCCACCCCAUUGUGUGUGUGUGCAUGGUUGUUCACAAAUGGAGAGGGGACAGGUAAAUAUCACCAUAUUAUUUCUUUAAAAGAAACCUAUAUUCUAGUGAGAAUAUUUAAUAAUAUUAACCUUACAAUAUCUUAUAUCUUCAUUUGUACUUCCCUAUAACUUGAAUCUUGCCUGUUUCUUGUCUCUGCUACUCCUUAGCCAAAAGUGUAUGUUGACCUUUGCUGUUGAUAUUCAGACUUCUUUUCUUGGUGCAAACACUGAUUGGUCACCCAACCACUCAACACCUAAAGUCUUGAACCUCCUCUCAUGAUACAAUGAAGACUGGUUCUAUAGCAACUAAGUUUUGCUGAAGUGGAAAUCAUGCCUGCCUGUUAGUGUUUCCUUAAGGAUUAGGAUUUUUUUAAGUGUAGAAAUUUAAGUUUUGAGUAUACAGAAUUUUUAUCAGUAUUGCUACUUAAAUAAUAUUUCAUCAGUUGCAUUAGUAACACCUGCUCAAUAUCUAAUGGGUUUAGGUCUGUUGUUCCCUCCUUUCUUUUUUUCCAAACUACAUUAAGUCAUAUCAUUAGCAUUUACUUGCUUGCAUAUGUAUCCAAAACUAAUUUGGGGGACUUUGGGCUAAUAAUAAAAGUGUAAAAUUUUGUAAAUUACAUGCUUUGUCAAAGUGAACUUUUUACCAAUUUAUUGUGCUUUAGCUCUAAGAAUGACAUGGAAAUUUUUGUAGGGUUUCCCCCCCCCUCUCUACAGGGACCAUGGAAAAAGUUAAAUUUUUCAUUUUUUUAAAAUUAUUCUCCCUCUAAUGCUGAAGUUCUUGUCUUAAAAGUAUCUACCUUAUUAAGAGAAACUUUACAACUGGAUGUACAAGCCUGGGAUUAAUAGUUACGUAAUUAAAACCUAAAGCAUACUGCUUUCUUUCGCAAACUGUUUGUAUAUAAUGCUGUUAACUGCUUCACUUAUAAUUCCUUUUAUUCAAGCCCCUGUAUAUAUUAAGUAUUUUAUUUGCAUUUUUGAUGGGCAACUUCUUUUUGCUUUCACACUAUGGUGAUGUAAACUUUUUUAUAUUAUAAACUGUGAGUAACAAAUGUUAAGCAUUUGUAGGUGAAUCAGAGACAUAAGUGAAUUUUGAUCACCACAGUGUAAAAACUCAAAAUAUAUAUGUAGUAAGAUGGUUAUUUGUGUUUUAAUAUAUGAGCUUUUAUUAAUUUUAUUCUAAAUUUUGUCAACUGUGUAUAAGAUAGUGUUUAUUGAAUAAAAUGAAAACAAAUAUGAGACAAUAUUUUAAAAAUAAAAAUGCUAGCCAUGUCAGUUUUUCUUUAUAUUUAUGUAUGUGGUUUUCAUGUUUUGGAAAUCUACUUAUGUUCCAUUCAUUUUUGAUAUGCAUGUACUUUUUAAAUGUAAAGAAUGUUGAACAUAUUGUCUGAUAAGCCAGUGAUUUGACGUGUAAAUUUUCAUUAGAGUGUCUGUUUUUAUGGGCCUGUCGUGAUUUGUUCUAAAUGUAGAAUAAAUUGAUAAAAUCUUC